AUGGAGAGAAAGGAAGAAAGCUGUAAACACGCGACCUGGUUUUUCAUUGCCUCUGCAGCAGGCAUGAGGUCCAUGUCUCCAUCACGUUCUUCGCCUACCAUACUAGUAUCCCAUUCUCCAUCCCCAACUCUCUCGGUGUCAACAAACACGCCAACAAUGAACAGAAGCUGCCCUUUGAGCCCAGGAAUUGGGCCUAUCAAGAGGAGCUCUCCCGGGCUGGUCUGCGUUGUAUGCGGAGAUACGUCAAGCGGUAAACACUACGGAAUUCUAGCAUGCAAUGGCUGCAGUGGGUUCUUCAAGAGGAGCGUCAGGCGCAAACUGAUAUACAGGUGUCAAGCGGGGACAGGAAUGUGUGUGGUGGACAAGGCCCAUAGGAAUCAGUGCCAGGCAUGUCGUCUUAAGAAAUGCAUGAACAUGGGCAUGAACAAAGAUGCUGUACAGAAUGAACGUCAACCCCGCAACACAGCCCAGAUUCGCCACGACCAACUGAUAGGGGACACUGACCAUCCCCUGUGUCACAACACGGCAACGGUCUCAGCCACACACCCCGCAUUCAGUCCCGCAGCAAAUCACAGAUUCGCUUCUGGUCUGAUGACGGCUGAAAACAAUGCUAAAAUGGAACAAGAAGAUGGAGGACACGAAGAGACCAUUGACGUCACGAGUGUCGAUCACGAGGCAACAGCCACUUGUCAGCAGACCACACCCUACCAUGAAGCGGCCAUCUUUAACCCUGGACAGGAGACAAUGUAUGAGUGUUCGGCCAGACUUCUUUUUAUGGCAGUUCGUUGGGCACGGAAUCUGCCCUCUUUCGCGAACCUCCCUUUCCGAGAUCAGGUUAUCCUUCUUGAGGAGGCAUGGAGCGAGUUAUUUCUCCUGUGUGCUAUUCAGUGGUCGAUGCCCAUGGAAGCGUCACCAUUAUUGACUACCCAGGAUCACAUGCACAGCGCACCAACCAAUGGAAAAUCAGGUUUUUCUGAUAUUCGGAUUCUUCGGGAAGUCUUUGCACGAUUCAAAUCAGUCCAGGUGGAUCCAGCAGAAUUUGCUUGUCUAAAGGCAAUAGCAUUGUUUAAACCUGAGACCCGAGGACUGAAAGAUCCGAUACAGGUGGAAAAUUUACAGGAUCAGGCACAGAUCAUGCUCGGGCAGCACAUCCGGGCUCAUCAUCCGACACAACCAAUCAGAUUUGGUCGUUUACUCCUGAUGCUGCCAGCCCUGAAGUUCGUCUUGCCUGAUAAAGUGGAGAAAAUAUUUUUCGGACGAACAAUAGGAAACACGCCGAUGGAGAAACUAUUAUGUGACAUGUUCAAAAGUUAA